CAGGGCGGAAGCACUGGAGCUCACGGCAAAGCCCAGCGACUGGCGGGCGACCACAGGGGGCCACCCGAGGUGGCUGGGGCCAUGGCCGGGGUCGCUUGCUUGGGAAAAACUGCGGACGCCGAUGAAUGGUGCGACAGCGGCCUAGGCUCUCUAGGUCCCGACGCAGCGGCUCCCGGAGGACCAGGACUGUACGCAGAGCUGGGCCCGGAGCUGUCGUGGGCGCCCCUGGUCUUUGGCUACGUCACUGAGGAUGGGGACACGGCCCUGCACUUGGCCGUGAUACAUCAGCAUGAGCCCUUCCUGGAUUUCCUCUUGGGCUUCUCCGCCGGCACUGAGUACCUGGACCUGCAGAAUGACCUAGGCCAAACAGCCCUGCACCUCGCAGCCAUCCUGGGGGAGGCAUCCACGGUAGAGAAGUUGUAUGCAGCCGGUGCAGGAGUGUUGGUGACUGAGAGAGGGGGCCACACCGCACUGCACUUGGCCUGCCGCAUGAGGGCACACACAUGUGCAUGCGUGCUGCUCCAGCCCCGCCCCAGACGUCCAAGGGAUGCCUCAGAUACCUACCUCACUCAGAGCCAGGACCCUGCCCCAGACACCAGCCAAAACCCUGUUGCUGUGAACCCUCAACCUAACCCAGAGAACGAAGAGGAGCCAAGUGAUGAAGACUGGAAGCUGCAGCUAGAAGCAGAAAACUAUGAGGGCCACACCCCACUCCACGUAGCUGUCAUCCACAAAGAUGCAGAGAUGGUCCAACUGCUCCGGGAUGCUGGAGCUGACCUCAAUAAACCGGAACCCACGUGUGGCCGGACCCCUCUGCACCUGGCGGUGGAAGCCCAGGCAGCCAGCGUGUUGGAACUUCUCCUGAAGGCCGGUGCUGACCCCACCGCCCGCAUGUAUGGGGGCCGCACCCCACUUGGUAGCGCCCUGCUUCGGCCCAACCCCGUCCUUGCCCGCCUCCUCCGUGCACAUGGAGCCCCUGAGCCUGAGGAAGAGGACGAUAAGCUUGGCCCUUGCAGCAGCAGCAGCAGCAGCAGCGACAAUGACAGCGACGACAGAGAUGAGGGCGAUGAAUAUGAUGACAUCGUGGUCCACAGUGGCAGGAGCCGAAACCGGCUACCUCCCUCCCCAGCACCCAAACCUCUUCCUGAUGACCCCAACCCCACCUGACUUAAGUUUUAAUAUUAAUAUAAUUUCCAGUUUAAUAAAACUUUAAAGCUGACAAGCA